UGAGGUAGACGGUUGAUUUGAAAAAAAGUUCUUCCUUUUUUUAAAAAGAGGAGGGGGGAAGAAUCAGACGUUAAAUUCUUUUGCAAACAUUCAUGCCUAAGGAAGGGCUGGAUCAGGCAGCCCCGGCCGCCGGAACCGGUCGGACAGGUAGCGAGCUUGUUGACACCGUUAUGUUGCAGGGCGCAUGCUCACUCCCAAGUUUCCUGGUGCCUUUUCUAUUCCACCUUAUGAAACUUUUUCCCCGGCGUGGUCUCACGCGCGAUUUAAGGCAUAGGUGUCGCCGAGCCCGGAGGCUGCGAGUAACCGGGAGUGAAGGGAGAGGACCAGGCAGCGCGGCGGGGGGUGCAGGAAGAAGCAGGCGAGGCGGGAAGGUGGGCUCCGGACUCCAGGAGCGGGGGGACCCAGGCGCCACCGCCGCCACUAGCGGGGAGCAGCCGGGAGGAGGGGGCCGCAGUCGGGAGAGAAGAUCCCACCAUGCCCAAAGUCUUUCUGGUGAAGAGGAGGAGCCCGGGAGCCUCUGUCCGCAGCUGGGAUGAGCUCCCGGAUGACAAAAGGGCAGACACUUACAUCCCAGUGAGCCUGGGCUGUCUGCUCCGCGACCCCCCCGAAGACUGCCGCAGCGACGGUGGCAGUAGCAGCGGCUGCAGCAGCAGCGCCGGGGAGCCCGGAGGGGCCGAAAGCAGCUCGUCCCCGCGCGCGCCAGAGCCUGAAACUCCAGAGCUUCACGACGCCGAAGGCACGGAUGGACAUCUGGCAGCGAUGCAGCGCCCGGUUGCCAGGUCAAAAAUCAAGUUUACCACUGGCACGUGCAACGACUCCGUGAUUCACAACUGUGACCUGUGCGGCAAGAGUUUCCGUCUGCAGCGCAUGCUCAACCGUCACCUUAAGUGCCACAACCAGGUAAAGAGGCACCUGUGCACCUUCUGCGGCAAGGGCUUCAACGACACCUUCGACCUGAAGAGGCAUGUACGCACACACACAGGCAUUCGCCCCUACAAAUGCGAGGUGUGUUACAAAGCCUUCACCCAGCGAUGUUCCUUGGAGUCCCACCUGAAGAAGAUCCAUGGGGUACAGCAGCAGUAUGCCUACAAGCAACGUCGGGACAAACUCUAUGUGUGUGAGGAUUGCGGCUACACGGGCCCCACCCAGGAGGACCUGUACCUGCAUGUGAACAGUGCCCAUCCAGGUAGCACGUUUCUCAAAAAGACUUCCAAAAAGUUGGCGGCCCUUAUGCAGAACAAGCUGACAUCCCCGCUGCAGGAGAAUUCCACCCUGAGCGAAGAGGAGGAAAAGAAGUGAAGCUCAAGGAAAGACAGAGGAGAGACGAGACGCCAGUGCCACAUUUACUUGGACUUUUGGUCUGAGGCGUGCCCCUCUGCUCCCCUGGAUCUUUUUAUAGUGACGAGUAUUCAGUCCACCUCUCUUUUCUUUUGCAACAGUAAGAAGCACCCCAAAGUUGUCAGUCAUUCUGCCAAACGGGCCCUGUACCCUGUGUUAUUGUUUUCUUGGUGGUUGAGGUCACAUACGGGUUCGUGAGUGUGAGUGUGUGUGUGUGUGUGUGUGUGUGUGUGUGUGUGUGUGUGUGUGUGUGUGUGUGUGUGUGUGUUUCUGUGUGUUUUUUUCCUAAUAGAAUUUUCACAUAUGAAUAGAGAGAGGGGUGUUCUUAAAGAGACAGUCAUCUUAUGGUGCCUUGAAACACUUCCCGAGCAAGGAAAAUGUAUAUUCUUUCUGAAAGAGUUUACAGAAAUUAUUUUAAUAAAUGAAAUGUUCGUGUGAAACCU